CCGGGGCGGGUCAUCCAUCCAUCUGCCUGUCCAUCCCAUCACUCUACUCAAUCGACUCAAACCGCACGGUAUCUCUCACACUCGCCUCUGCACGACUCACCCACCCCCGCCCCAUACCCAACCCACCACCGUCUUCAGCUGCAGCUCCCUGGCCUGGAUGCCCCUCGGCUGCCGAGGCCGACGCCGAUGCCUGCGCCUCCUCCAGCUGUGAUAUCUCUUCAGUCUCGCGCUGGAGGGCCUCUUGGCGGAGCCGCCUUUGACGCUGCCGCUCCUGCAGACGAAGGGCCACGACCCAAGGCGACACAGACAAAUGCACCGCCAUGAACGAGAGUGCGGGUGCGUCUUAGUGUCGGUCUAUCUGCGUUUCUGCCCCACCUCCUUCUCCCGUUUCUUGGCCUCGUCGAUGAUGUCCUGAUAGGGAUGCUGGUCGAGCCCAAAGAAACUCACCAACACCUCGCCAGCAAAUGUCAUAUCUGACAUACCAAGACAAGAACAACACCAAACAACACGUGGCCCUCGACCAAUCACACGAGUUGCCCGCGGUGCCAGCUUGCUGUGAGCUCGCUUACUGUCCACCACACGCUCGCCAACGCGCCACAGGAAGCGGCCCAAGCCACGGCCCUCCCCGCCGGCAACCACAUUAUCAUCAUCUCCACUCGCCGGCGCCUCCUGUGCCGUCCGAUGCUGCAGCAUCACCCAACCAGCCCCCCGCAAGCCAUGCAGAGCGAUUUGAGCGUCGCAUCUUCCUUCGAGCGCCUGUUCUAGUGUGAUGGCCUCAUCUCUCUCUCUGACGCUGUCAAACGAUUCGGCGACGUCGCUGAGAGUCCCAGAUGACGGACAAGUCGUGAAUGACUGCAUUGUGAGUCACCGCGCUGCCAUGUCCGACGCUAUCCUCCCCAGAUCGUCAUCCGCAGCCGAGCUCGCAAUCG